AAAAACACACAACCGCACACAACGACCACCCCAACCACUCCUCCAUCCCCACCCCGCCCCCAUCAUUCCGCUUUCCAUGUCCGGAUUAUCCACGCCCUCGCAGGUCACCGGCAUCCGGACGGUCAAGUCGCACCUGGCCCUGGACUCGCUCGACCCGCCACCGCACGACCUGCCUGCCCUCUCCAUCCUCCAUCCACCGGCUCCACGGACGGUAUUUGAUCCUCCAACACCCCCACCCACUCCGCCGCCAACCUCGCCGCUCUCUUCCACCAGCUCGCUGCUUCCGCUGGAAGAGCCCGACCGCUCCUCGCCUCGCAGCCGUCUCGACACCGCUCGCCUCGCGCCGGCGGCCACCACCACCGCUGUCGCGACGGCUACUACCGCCGCCUCGGCAGUCAUCGCACCGCUUCUUGUCCCACACGCGCUUGUCGCAGCUGUGUGGUUCGUUCCAGCUGUGGUUGUCACCGCUGCUGCAUCGGUCGUCUCAGCCCAGGCCUCGGCGGGCACCAUCGAUCCGCUUGUCCUCGCCACCUCGGCGCGCAACGCUGCCGCGCUUGGGUUGGGCCUCGCACUGGGCAUUUGGCUCACCGGCCUUGUUGCUACCAACACCGUGCUCGCCAUCGACUGCUCCCGCCCGGGCCUGGCCUCGCCGGAAGUCUGCAGCCAGGCGCCGCUCAUGUGGACCGCCAUUGUCGCUGCAGGCUGGGUCCUCCCUUCCCUCGUCGUCGCGCCGCUCAGCUAUCGCCUUCUUGCUGCAGCUCGAAGGCUGAGCGCUGAGCACGGCCGACUCGCAUCGCGGCCCAACGCAGCGCCCAAGUUUUUGUCGUUCCGAGCCUGGUUCGUAGCAGUCCGCGCGGGCCGCGCGGGCGCGCUUGACACCAAUGCUCGUCGCAGUGCCCAUGGCUCGCCACGCGCCGACGCGCCGCGGACGGUGGCUGUUAGCAAGCGACCAGGCGGGAACUACCCCGACAACGCGGUCUCAUCGACCAAGUACACCUUGCUCUCGUUUGUGCCGCGGAACUUGAUGGAGCAGUUCUCGCGGUUUAUGAAUGUCUACUUUCUGCUCAUCGCCACGCUCCAGCUCAACCCGACUCUGGCGCCGGUCAACCCGCUCACCACGUGGAUCCCUCUCAUUCUCAUCUUUACCGCCUCGGCAGUCCGCGAAGCGUUCGACGACAUCGAGCGGGCGCGCCGCGACGCCGCGGUCAACGCCCGCCCGGUCCUGGUCGCGUCUGGGCCUGACUGGGCGUCAGUUCCCUCGCGCCGGCUCCAUGUUGGCUCGCUCGUUCUCCUCCACCAGGACGAGCUCGUGCCAGCUGAUCUGGUCGUCCUUGCCACGUCGGCGCCCAAUGGCUCUGCCGCUUUUGUCGAGACUGCUAACCUCGACGGCGAGACCGACCUCAAGGCUCGCGCUGCGCCUCCCGCCACCUCGGCUCGACUCACCUCGCGCGGCGACUCGCCUGAUCCGCGACUGUGGGACGACGUUGUCGUCACCGCGCCGGCUCCAGACCCCCACCUCUACGCCUUUGACGCCCAGCUCGUCGUCACACCGCACGACGCCGAUGCCGGAGACUCGUCCGACGCCGCACUCAUUCCACUCACUCCCGACUCACUUCUCUUGCAGGGAUCGGUGCUCAAGCAGGUUGCGUUUGCCGUCGGUGUCGUUGUUUACACUGGGUGCGAGACCAAGCUGGCCAACAACAAGUCGCCUCCGCGCGGCAAGACGACUGCCCUUGACGAUGCCAUCAACAGCUUCACCCGGACCAUUUUUUGCAUCCAGCUUGCAGCGGCGGUCGUCCUUGGCUUUGCCGGCAACGCGACCAAGGCCGUGCUUGCGCCGCGUGCGCUGUACCUGGCCUACCCUGCGUCCGAGUGGAGUCAGCUCUCGCCGUGGGCAUCGGUGGUCCUCCCGCUCCGCUUCCUGCUUCUCAUCUCGUACAUGAUUCCUAUCUCGCUCAAGAUCACACUCGAGAUGCUCAAGACCUUUUACGCCGCGCUCAUUGGAUGGGAUCUUGCGCUCUACCACGCUGAGACCGAUACGCCCGCCGCCGCAGUCUCGACUGGCCUCGCGGAAGACCUCGGCGUCAUCACCCACGUCCUCACCGACAAGACUGGAACGCUGACCAACAACGAAAUGGCGCUCGACUCGCUCGCCUGGGACGGCCUUGUCUAUCACACCAGCCACGAGCAGCCGGCCCUGGUCUCGGCCCUCGACAACGGAGUUCACGCAGCGCUUGGCCUCGUGACUGCCAUGGCAGUCUGCCAUAAUGCAGUCCCACUGGGCUCGGACGCAUACGCGCACUCACGGGAUUUAGGCCAGCUCUCGUGGUCGGCGGCGUCGCCGGACGAAGAGGCAUUGGUGGCCGGCGCUGCAGGCCUCGGGUACGUGUGCGUGAGACGGUCUGCGCCGCCGGACUCUGCUCGUGGAUGGUUGCUGGAUGUCCAUGCCCGGGCCGCCAUCGGCACCUCGGAGCCACUCAUCCAACCUGUUGCUGUUGUGGCUCACCUCGCGUUUUCAUCAGAGCGCAAGCGGUCGGGCGUGCUAGUCCGCUUUGAGCCAUCGGUAGCUGAGCGCGGGCCGCUUGCCGGCGGCCUCGCGGCUUUCGGUGAGUAUGUGCUCUUUGUCAAGGGUGCCGACUCGAGCGUCUUUCCGCGGCUUCGCGCCGCCGACUCUUCUGCCGCCGAGCGACUGGAAGGCUCACUUCUGCGGUUCGGCACUGCCGGUCUGCGGACGUUGGUGUACGGCUAUCGGGUUGUGCCGCGCGUCGAGGCCGAGCAGUGGCUGGCUGGCCUCGAUGCGGCACGAGCUUCGAUGAGGCACCGGGCGCAGCGAGUGGCGGCUACGUACGCUGCGCUUGAGCGCGGGCUGACGCUCCUCGGCGCAUCAGCGGUGGAGGACAAGCUCCAGGAGGGCGUGCCCGAAACUAUUGCCCAGCUCCGAAAGGCCGGCAUUCGGUUCUGGAUGCUGACCGGCGACAAGGAGUCGACAGCACGGCAAAUUGCGAUCUCGUGCAACUUGGUCGGUAACCACGGGGCAGCGGUAGUGCCGCUCACAAGCAUUGCGCGUGCGCCGAACGAGGUCCAUGCCAUUCUUGGCGAGGCGUCGCGGAACAUGGGACCGGAGACAUCGCUCGUCAUCGACGGCGCGUCGCUGCGGAUUGUACUGAGCUCUGCGCGCGAGUACUUCGUGCGGCUGGCGCUGUCGGCGGCAGCCGUGGUCUGCUGUCGCAUGUCGCCAGACCAAAAGGCCGAGCUAGUGCGUGAGGUGCAGGCUUUAGGGCGCGGAGCACGGACGCUGGCCAUCGGUGAUGGCGGCAACGAUGUGGCCAUGCUCCAGGCUGCUGCGGUCGGCGUCGGCAUCUCGGGACGCGAGGGCCUGCAGGCCGCACGAGCGGCCGACUACGCUGUGGCGCAGUUCCGGUUCCUCGGACGGCUGCUUCUUGUCCACGGGCGAUAUGCUUACACUCGGACAGCCUACGUGGCUCAGUACUGCUUCUACAAGUCGAUCUACCUCUGCUCGGUCCAGGUCUUCUACAAUGGACUUGCUGGCUACUCGGGCAUCUCGUACUUCAACACCUUUGCGCUCACGCUCUACAACGUGGCCAUCACCGGGCUGCCGAUCCUUUCGUAUGCCCUCGACCGCGACGUGCCGAUUGCACUUGCGAUGGCAAAUCCCGGCCUCUACCAGCACCGACUUCCGUGCUCGGUGGCAUCGCUCACGCGGUGGAUGGGCCUCGGCGUGGCACAAGGCGGCGUGGCGCUUGGUGUAGCGCUGCUCGGCGCUGGCCAUGUCGGGUUUGACGCCGUCUCGAUGGUCACCUACUCGAUCCUAGUCCUUGUCACCCUUGCCAUGCUCAGCAUUGGCCUCCGCGCGCCCAACGCCAUCCACGCCAGUGUCCUCGGCGCCACGCUCCUCACCUAUUUCGUCCUCGUCUCGAUCUACUCGUCCAUUCCUCGGCUCGCGUUUUUUGGCACCAUGGGCCGACUCGCCACCGAGCCUACAGUCUGGCUCUCUGUCGUCCUCGGCACGUCCAUCUCCCUUAUCCUCCCCGCUCUCCAGGUCGGACUCCAACGGCGGCGAGUCGCACCUGUGGGCAACAGCAGCGAUGGCAACAGUGACGGCGCGAGCACGCGACUUUUGCCGAUGUCGAUGUCAUAAAUAGAAAACUUCCAUA